AUGACAACUAAUAUUGGGCAAAUGAGACGGAGAACAAGAUCUCAAACUAAUGUCAAAGGCACAGACUAUAAGGAAAAAGAGGAAGAUGAUUUCAGCCCAGAUAUCAUUGAUUCUGAUUCAGAGGAUGAACGAUUAAAUAAAGGAGAUGUAGAUGUACCACCAAUUUGGCUUAAGGAUGAUAUUAAUGAUGAAAAGGAUGUGGAUUUAGAUUCAGAUCAAGAUUCAGAUCAAGAAUCUAAAAAACUGGAUAAACUAUUAGAAAAAAAUACACUUCAGAACGUAUCUGAAAAAAAUGACGAAAGUGAUGAUGAAAAUCUUGAAGAAGAAGACAAAAGAACUGUUGCUCUUAAAUUGAAAAAAUUGAAUGAAUUUGUCAAGCAAAGUCAAGUCUAUUCAGGUAUCAUUGCCGAUACGUUAUUACAGCGUACAGUGGAAAGGCAGGAAGAAAUAGCCGCUAUUGAAGCUGCACAAAUGGGAAAAAAUAAGAAAAAAGUAAUAACUGUGGAAGAUUCUGAUGAACCACCUAAAAAGAAACAAAGAAAGAAGAGGCAAAAUAUUAUGGAUUUUUUCAAAAGUAGUAAAACCAAAUCAAAUGAUGAGGAUGAGGAUGUAAAGAAAGAAACUCAACAAGACGAUGAUGAGAUUAACUCACAAGAACAAGCAUAUGCCAAAGGCCAACCCACAUUAUUAAAGAAUUGUAUAUUAAAGCCAUACCAAUUUGAAGGUUUAAAUUGGUUAAUUACAUUAUAUGAAAAUGGUUUGAAUGGUAUCUUGGCUGAUGAUAUGGGGUUAGGUAAGACUAUUCAAAGUAUUGCAUUGCUUUCAUUUAUUUAUGAGAUGGAUACAAAAGGUCCAUUUUUAAUUACAGCACCAUUGAGUACUUUGGAUAAUUGGAUGAAUGAAUUUACCAAAUUUGCACCUGAUAUUCCAGUGUUAAAAUAUUAUAGUAAUCUUGGUGUCAAUGGAAGAUUACCCCUUUUAAAGAAAUUUUUCCAAAAGACUGGAAAUACUGGUGUUAUUAUUACAUCAUAUGAUAUUAUUUUAAGAGAUGCUAGUUUGAUGUUGGAUAAAGAAUGGAAAUUUUUAAUUGUUGAUGAAGGUCAUAGAUUAAAGAAUGUUAAUGGUGUUUUAAUUCGUGAAUUGAAGAAAAUCAAUACAUCUAAUCGAUUAUUAUUAACAGGUACACCAUUACAAAAUAAUUUAUCAGAAUUAUGGUCAUUAUUAAAUUUUAUUUUACCUGAAAUUUUUUCAGAUUUUGAAAUUUUUAAUAAAUGGUUUAAUUUUUCUAAUAUUGAUUUAGGAGAUAAUAAUAAUAAUAAUAAUUCUUCAUCAAAUUCUAAAAAAUUGAAUAAAAUUAUUAAUGAUGAAUUAGAAAAAAAUUUAAUUUCCAAUUUACAUAAUAUUUUGAAACCAUUUUUAUUGAGAAGAUUGAAAAAAAAUGUUUUAGCCAAUAUAUUACCAUCUAAAAGAGAAUAUAUUAUUAAUUGUCCAUUAACUAUUAAACAAAAGAAAUUUUAUUUAAUGACCUUGGAUAAAAAAUUAAAGAUUACCAUUUUUAAAGAAUAUGUAAAGGAAUUUUUCACUAAAAAUAAUCAUUUAAUUGGUAAUGUACGUAAUAAAAGUAUUCGUGAAUUUAUAGAUUAUAAAUUAAAUGAUGAACAAAGGAUAGAUGAUGAAGAUGAAAUAAUAAAAGAUAUGGAAAAACUUUAUAAUCAAUAUAUUUCCAAUGAAAUUAAAAAUAUUAAGACUCAAAAUUUAUUAAUGCAAUUAAGACAAAUUGUUAAUUCAACAUAUACACAAUAUUUCCCCUUUAUUGAAUCUGGAGAUAUUCAAAUGGAGGAUUUAAUUAAGUCAUCUGGUAAGAUACAAGUAUUGAAUCAAUUAGUUCCUGACUUGAUACGUCAAGGUCAUAAAGUGAUUAUAUUUUCUCAAUUUGCCAAAACACUUGAAUUACUUGAAGAUUGGGCGGAUUUACAAGAUUAUUCAUAUUGUAUAAUUACUGGUGAUAUGAAAAAUGAAACACGUAAGGAAGAGAUUGAGAAAUUUAAUAAUCUUGAGAGUAAAACUGAUAUUUUUUUCUUAUCUACAAGAGCGGGUGGGUUAGGUAUUAAUUUGACAGCAGCCGAUAGUGUUAUACUUUUUGAUAGUGAUUGGAAUCCACAAGUGGAUUUACAAGCUAUGGAUCGAUGUUAUCGUAUUGGACAAGAAAAGCCGGUUAUUGUUUAUAGAUUUAUUUGUAAUAACACGAUUGAAAAUUUAAUAUUAACAAGGGCUAUGAAUAAGAGGAAAUUGGAGAAAUUGGUGAUUCAAAUGGGUAAAUUUAAUUCGUUGAAGAAGAUGGCUUUGAAUGAGAAAUCGUUUUUGAAUAGUAAUACGAAUACAACGACGAAUAAUAAAGAAUUACUUGAUGAAUUGGCGAUGUUAUUGGAGAUGGGACAAUUUUCAUUUAAUUCGAGUCAUCAAAAUAGUAAUGAAACGACUGGACAAGUGUUGAGUGAGAAAGAAAUGGAAGAGAUUACUGAUCGUAGCGAUGCAAGUUAUUUGAAACGAGAUGUGGAAUCACCCAAUGUAAUGUUAUUUGAAACCAGUUCUAGUUUUUUAGUAAAAAAAAAAAAAAAAAGAAAAAAUUUUUUUUAG